GCCGCUGCUCGUGAUUCUCUUUCCGGUUUCCUUGGCCUGACCUUCCUGUCAGUCAGUCCGGUGUCUGCAAUCAUGGUGGCUUACUGGAGACAAGCCGGGCUCAGCUACAUCAGGUACUCUCAGAUCUGUGCAACUGCAGUGAGAGCCGCUCUAAAGCCACAGUAUAAGGCAGAGGCAAACAAGGCAGCGGUGGCUAAUGUGAGGAUCGCGAAACCGAAGAAAGAAUGAGUAUGUGGAGAUUCCACCAGCUGUGUAAGAUCUGAUCGCCUGGCCAGAGAAAAUGCAUUCCUGACCUAUAACCAUGUGAUCGGAUUGAAAUGUUCUGUUUGUUUCUAAAUUAAAUAAUAAGAGUAAAUAAA